GCCUGCCAUCGACGGUACUCCCGUUCAAGGCAUCUUGUUUGGUCAACGUGAAGAAUGUCCAGAUCGUAGACUAAUAAUUCAUGUUAAGGCCCCCGGGCUCGAUGUUUUAACACGUUGUGAUCCACCACGUAUAGCUUCAGCUUAUUUUCAUACUUUGCAGUCAGCUAUGUUAAAAGUUAUUGUAGCCAACUACCUCAAGCAACACACUGAAUACGACGUAAAGGAGAUUACACCAUUGAUCGCACGAGAAUCAUGUGCAUUGUUUCAAGAUCUUAUCGGACUUGUUGUUCAAAGGGCAUCUAAAACGGUUGAUUCAGUCAAUCCUACAAUAAUAAUGAAUAUUGAAAGCACAUCAGCUCAAGCGUUUUUUUCAGCACCAACUUUAGCUGAA